UCAUUCACUAGGUUCACUAAAAUUUUGUUCAUAUUCUCAUCUUCAAGUUGUGAACUUUGUGUCAGAGUUUUGACAAUGGAGAACGUGCUUCCGUUUGUUGCAAUGUUGAUGUUAACAUGUGUGGAUAUGGCGGUGUUAACCAUAGUCAAAGAAGCCAUGAAUGAUGGUAUGAGCAGUUUCGUCUAUGUUGUUUACCAUAAUGCUCUUGGCACAUUCAUUCUUCUUCCAUUGUUCAUCAUUCACAUUAUCAGAAAGCUCGAUCGUCCUCCACUCACUUUGCGUGUUCUGUUCAGAUUAUUCGUCCUUGGCCUUAUCGGGGUUUGUCUCGCUCAGGUACUUUGGAAUGCAGGUGUUGACCACGCCUCUCCAACAAUGGCAAGUGUCAUCUCGAACUUAAGUCCUGGAGUUACAUACUUGAUUGCAGUAUUUUUCAGGUUGGAGAAAUUAGACACAACAAUUUCAAGUGUAGCAAAAUUAUUGGGUACCAUGAUAUCAAUAUUGGGAGCAAUGGUGUUCACACUCUAUCAAGGCCCAAGAAUGUUGCAUAUCAAUUCACCCAACCAGCUCUUUUUGUCACAACCAUCAGAAUGGAUAUAUGGGAGUUUAAUUAUCUUUAUCGGUCUCGUCUUCGGUUGCAUAUGGGUUGUAUUACAGACAGCAACAACUAUAGAGUAUCCAGAUCAACAAACCAUUGUCUUUUUCUUUAAUCUCUUCGGGACAAUUCAAUGUAUCGCUCUUUCUCCUUUCGUAGAACAAAAUCAAAGUGCUUGGGUGCUUCGACCCGAAACUGGGGUGACUGCUGUUGUUUUGGGGGCAGUUUAUACCACUGCGGUCCGAUGUAGUGUUUUCACUUGGUGCCUGCGGAAGAAAGGCCCAAUUUUCGUGGAAAUGUUCUCACCCCUCAAAAUCAUUGUUGCAAUGAUCAUGGGUGUCACAUUUCUUGGUGAUUCACUUCACUUAGGAAGUGUCAUUGGAACCACGAUAAUUUCUUUUGGGUUCUACACGGUUAUAUGGGGGCAAACCAAAGAGAAGAACAAGCUACUGGUAGUCACGGAUGAAGAUUUGGAUGUUUCAGGAUCAGGAUCAUCUGUUGACGAAACUCUCCCUUUUCUUUCAUCCAGAUAUCAAUAAGAAUGUUAUAGUUUAGUAAGCAUACAUUAAUGUGCAAGUAUACUAAUGGUUAAGUUAUCAUAGGGAAUGAGAUGUUUGAA